AUGCCAGCGAACUUCCUAGGUCUUCCUGCUGAACUUCGCAACGAGAUAUACGUAUAUCUCUUAGUGCGCAAAGAGCCCAUUGAUCCCUGGAAUGGAGAUCAUGGGCUAGAUCUCAACCUCCUCUCCACGAAUACGGUAAUCCUACAUGAGGCCAGGUCACUACUCUAUGGCCAUAAUUGCUUUGACCUCACGCCUGGACGUAUACCCGAAUUUCUUGAUACUAUUGGCUUUAUCAACGCAUCUCACCUUCAAUGUAUCCGCAUCGACUUUCCAAGACUUUGUGAUCUCGAAGACGAAGUCAGCCUGGAAGACGUCAGCCUUCAUAUGCUGGAAAAGAUACAGUCACACUGCACCAAUCUAAGAAUGCUCAUAACAGCCCCAGAAAGCACAAAUACCAUGGAAAACUGGCUAGAUUCAUUUGACAGCCCUUCGAUUUGUGCCAGGGCGUUAGCGUUGAUUGAUGCUCGCUUCAGAGCAAUCUCGUCUCUCCAAGAAAUCGUCAUCGAGGUUUACGAGGAAGGUCCAAGCACAUAUAUUCGGAAGAAAAUGGAGAGUCAUGGAUGGAUACUCAAGGUGGUGGAGUCAGUGGAGGUAGAGGAGUGGGACGUCGACAGAUCUUGGGAUGAUUUUGAAGAUGAUGAGUAUCUUCAUGAUGAUGACGAUGAUGAUGACUACGAUACUGACAAUGAUAGUGAUUUUUGGAGAAGGGCGGCAGAUUAA